AUGGCAGAUAUGUUGUCGCUUGGGGAUCAAACUCUCAGCAAUGCGAGAAAUGCGCUUGAUGACUGGAACUUCGACCUUGCGCGGUCGUUUCGGGAAAGCGCCUCAAAAUACUUUCGCGAAGCAGGAGUAGAUAAAUCGAGCGAGUUGGAUGCUCUGCUCCAGGUACCACACCGUAAUGAUCCUCAAGACGUGGUGACUGGAGGAGAAACCGCAGCCGCACGUCUUGAGCAGGAGGAAGCACAGCAGGUUGAAAGAGAGGUGCCAAGAGACGACGAGAGGGAUGAAGGAACGGAGGACAUGCAGAUAGAGGACAGCGAGGGCCUUCCCCUGAAAUCAGAAGCGAUGAACCUCGAGGAAGAAACCUGGGAAGGGAACUCGGACAUGACAGGAGAUCCUCCUUCCCCUCCCGAAUACGCCUCAGAGUCAGACACCGAGAGCCGCGACUUUGACCUGGAAGCCCAACCGACAGAAGCUGCUCAGAAUGUCGGUGGCAUCUACGUGGAAGGAAAUGCUGGAGAUGUCAACAAGCACUUUGCGGAUGAAGACCUUGAGCUGCUGAGAGAGCUCGAAGAGAGAAAGCUGAUGGCUCUCAAGGCGAUCGAAGCAAGUCAGGCGCACGUCUUGCUUCACAAGUCUGUUGUGACGCAGUCGUCUCAGAGGCUCUCCGCCCCUGAUCCACCGGUGCAAGAGCAACACUCAAGAGCAGCAAGGUUGUAUCCGGAGGCUGAAGAAGCAACAUUGAUACAAGAAGAAAAACAGGCAGCGGCGGCUCAUUCAGCGAAAGAACGGAAAGAAGACAAAGGGGCAGGAGAUGAAGGGGCAGGAGAUUCUGAGAGGAGUGGAGAAUCUGAAGAUACCAACGACUCACUUGACUUCGAACCAAGACGGGCAGACUUUUUGAGUUUCGUGGAUGAUGCUGUUGUAUACUAUCGCACAAGGAAACGGGAAAGAUACGGCAAACUUGGCGAGAUGUGCUGGUACAUAGUGUUCAUCAGCAUUGCGACGUCGCUCUUGCUCGUCUCUCAAUCCUCGUUGGUGGGUCAGAUGCACGCGACGCAAGUGAAGAUGUGGCUCAACAAGAGCAUCGAGUCCGUCACUACAGUCGAGCAGGUGCUUCCCUACCUGAAGAACAUCCUCAUAGAUCGACACUACGUCGCAACCAACAUCGCCGGCAAUCUUGUCGCUGACGCGGGAAUGUUUGGAAUGUCUCCGCAUCUCAGCAGUCGAGGAAGCAUGUUGGGCAACAACAUCGUAGUUGGCUUGUUGGAGUUAAGGCAGUGGAGGGCGCCAGAGCAAUACUGCAAGACCCCAACCCUGCUGGGCAACAACUUCAAGCGAUGCUUCCCCGAGCUGGACCCUCAGCAUCGCGACAUUCGCUCGAACCCUCCAGGAACCUCCUGGCCUGUCGACGACGACCUGAGAUCUCCUGCCUGGAGCUUCUUCCAGCUGCCUGAGUUUGCGACACCCAUCUACUCCUCUUUCGACCGCAGCUACGAGCAGGGGUCCUACAUCGCCGUCCUACCUGACGCCCCCUUGGAAGCUGAGAAGCUGUUCGCCGACCUGAUCAAGUAUCGCUGGCUGGAUGGAAAUGCCACAAGAGCUGUCCAGCUUGAGUUCUCCACGUACAACCCCAAUGUGAACAUCUGGUCCGCUUGCUCCGUCCUCUUCGAGCAGUCUUUCGAGGGACGACUCAUUCGCACCAUCUUCGUUCGCAAUGCUGAUAUCUGCCCCUCCUGCUCAAACAUCAGUCAGGACAGUUAUGUCUUGACCAUUGUCUUGCUAGUUCUGGUCAUCUUGUACACUUUGCUGCAGUUGGUGUUCUUGCAGCGGGAAGGCAUCGGCUAUUUCUUUCGCUGGCACAACCUAGUCAGCUGCGUGAACCUCGUUAUCUUCUACGUCGUCAUCGCCGUCCAAGUCUGGGUGAAGUCUGACGCAGAUCAGACGCUGCUUGGCUCUCAGUCGCGGGUCACGACUCAGAUUCCAGGGUACGUGUACUGGCUGGUGCAGACAAGCUACUGGAACUCGUUCAACGCGCUGCUGCUGUGGGUCAAGCUCCUAAAGUUCUGCGACUCGACGAGCUACAAGGCGGAGACUCUCGUCGUGACUUUCUUUCGCUGCCUCGCCCCCUUCCUCGCACUCGCCUGCUGCUACUCCAUCGCCUACGGAGGCUUCGUCCUCGCCUUCACCUUGAUCCUCGGGCCCGACGACCUUCGCUUCUACUCCUACAUGCGAACGGCUCGCACACAAUUCAGUAUGCUCAGCGGGAGCGGGCCUCACUUCAAGGACAUCCCGGCAGUCGAUGGCGCCAACGACUUUGGGCUGAUCAGCAUCAUCGGUGUGGUGUAUCAGCUGGGCAUGAAGAUCUUCGGGCUGGGGUUCUUCGUGGGGAUCAUCCUCUACACGUACCAGCAGCAG